GAGACAUCCCCAAAAUCCCUCUAAGACUCAAAACAAUUCAUCAGAUCACAAAGAUCCAGUUGAGGUGUGAGCGGUACCUGGACAGCACCUGGAGGCCUCUGGGCAAGCGAGUGGUCAUCCAGAAGGACUUCUUUUCCUUGAUCAAGAGUCAGUAUGGGGGCCGGGGCGAGCGCCGAGGAGAAGCACUCCAGGGAGCUAGAGAAGAAGCUGAAAGAUGAUGCCGACAAAGAUGCCAGGACCGUCAAACUUCUGCUGCUAGGUGCUGGUGAGUCGGGUAAAAGCACAAUUGUCAAACAGAUGAAAAUUAUUCACCAAGAUGGUUACUCCCUUGAAGAGUCUAUGGAGUUCAUUGUCAUCAUCUACAGCAACACUCUGCAGUCUAUCCUGGCCGUUGUGAAGGCCAUGACCACAUUAAACAUUUCCUAUGGAGACGCUUCUUCACAGGAUGAUGGAAGGAAGCUGAUGCACUUAGCGGACACCAUCGAGGAAGGCACCAUGCCCAAGGAGCUGGCAGACAUCAUCCUGAGGUUGUGGAAGGACUCGGGCAUCCAGGCGUGCUUUGACAGAGCCUCCGAAUACCAGCUCAACGACUCUGCCGGAUACUAUCUGAGUGACCUGGAGAGGUUGAUCCAGCCUGGCUACGUCCCUACUGAACAGGACGUCCUGCGAUCAAGAGUGAAGACCACCGGUAUAAUCGAGACCAUGUUCGGCUUAAAGGAUCUCAACUUCAGGAUGUUUGAUGUGGGCGGUCAGCGCUCUGAGAGGAAGAAGUGGAUCCAUUGCUUUGAGGGUGUGACCUGUAUCAUCUUCAUCGCUGCACUGAGCGCAUACGACAUGGUGCUGGUGGAGGAUGAUGAAGUGAACCGAAUGCAUGAGAGUCUCCACCUGUUCAACAGCAUCUGUAACCACCGUUACUUUGCCACCACAUCCAUUGUACUCUUCCUCAACAAAAAGGAUGUCUUUGUGGAGAAGAUCAAGAAAGCUCAUCUGAGCAUGUGCUUCCCUGAUUAUGAUGGUCCCAACACCUUUGAGGAUGCUGGUAACUACAUCAAGCUGCAGUUCUUAGAUCUGAACUUGCGACGAGAUAUCAAAGAAAUCUACUCCCACAUGACCUGUGCCACAGACACAGAGAACGUCAAGUUUGUGUUCGAUGCCGUAACAGACAUUAUCAUCAAAGAAAAUCUCAAAGACUGCGGUCUCUUCUAAACAAGCCAUUUGUGAGAAGAGAGUGGAUUAAUCAACAAAACCCAAUACAGACCCAUUGCCCCUCGUUUUCCUCCCUGGGUAAUGUGGAAUUACCCAAUGCUCACACACAUAACCAUACAAGAAAACACACACACAAGGGAAUUGAAUUGAUAGCACCUGGAAGAAGAAAUUAUUGUUAUACAUUUGAUUAAACACUGCAUUUAAUUAAAUAUCAGAGCCUAAUACAUAUUCAUAGGAGCAAGUCAUAUAUAACAACACAUGCAGCAUGAUCCUGCUUGAAGAACCGGCUCUUAUGAGGGUGUUUGCUCCUAUUAGUUUUUCGCAGUGUUUUAUCCUGUAGAUUUGAAACUACAUGCAGCUGCAAACCAAAUAACUAAACUUUUGAAACACCUGCAUAAUAUGCACUUCAGCAUAAUGUUUUGCAAGAGCACAUUAUGAAGUCCAGAGAGUAUUUCAGAUAUACGUUCUAGCAGUUACUAACUGUGUAAAGUUCAUACUUUUAAGCUGAUUGAGAAAACUUUACUGGGAUGCAAUGUUCUGUGUUAUUUACAGAGGAGUUAUAUCAUGUUAUGUCCCAUUUUCCAAAUCUUUAUGUAAGAUGGAUAACUUUGAUGAAAAGAUAGCUUGUAAUAAUAUUUCAAUAAGAUGCUUAGCUCAGGAGCACAGUUAGUUAGCUGUGAGACAAAGAACGGUUUUUGAGUGCAUUGAUUAAAUUACAACAGCGAAUAUUGAUUAAAAGGGCACAAUUGACUGCAAACCCAGAAACAACCAUGUAAAUGUAAAUUGAACGAAUAAAGCUUCUGUAGAAAAGACUGAA